AUGGUGGGUUGGGUGAUGCAAUGUUUAAGCACUACUUCCUUUUUCUUCUCUGUAAAUGGAGGUCUGUUUGGUUUCUUUAAUGGCAAGAAGGGGCUCAGGCAAGGUGACCCCUUUUCCCCUAUUUUGUUUGUGAUUUGUAUGGAGUAUCUAUCUCGAUUACUGAAAUCCCUGAAGGGCUGCCCUGAGUUCAGAUUUCACCCUAAGUGUGGAGUCCUCAAGAUUAUCCACUUGGCCUUUGCAGAUGACUUAAUUCUUUUUGCAAGGGGUAAUGUCUCUUCAGUUAAGAAGGUGAUGGUGUGCCUGGAGAUGUUCUUUGAAUGCUUAGGUUUGAGAGCAAGUAUCAUGAAAUUCAACCUUUACUGUGCAUGUGUUUUUGGCAGUGCUUUGGAAGAUAUUGAAAGUCUAACUGGGUUUUCUACUGGGGAGUUCUCUUUUAGAUAUCUGGGUAAUCCAUUGGCUUCCACAGGAUUGAACACAAUGCAUUUUUCUCCUCUGCUAAAUAGAAUUGUGUUGGCUCAUGUGGUUAAGUUGUGUAGGGCUUUCCUGUGGGGAGGUAGGAGAAGGCCUCUUGUUGCUUGGAAAGAUGUGUGCUUGCCAAAGAAGGAGGGUGGGCUAGGGGUCUUGGACCUCAAAAGCUGGAACACUGCUCUCCUUUCAAAAACCAUGUGGAAUCUUCAAAGCAAAAAGGAUUCCCUAUGGUCAAGAUGGGUGAGCCCUAUGUACUUGAGAGGAGGUAAUCUGUGGGAGGCUUCAGCAAAGCAUGAAGACUCUCCUUUGUUUAAGAAAUUAGUUCAAAUUAAAGAUAUGCUGAUAAUGCAUUGCAGUGGUAGAAGCUUGGCAGAAGCUCAACUAAUACAAUAG